UACUAUCAAGUAUAGAAGUAUGCAGGGAAGCCAAUGUUUGGGCCCAGAAAGUAGUUGUGUAAAAGGUGCACUGCUUGUUUAGCUGUUAGUUCUACCGCAUAGUUAACCUGAAAGAAAGAAAUAAACUAGUUAGCUACGAUAGGAAAUGUAGUUAAUAUUAAUUAGCGACAAUAUUUUAGGUAUUUUAUAUAUAUAUAUAUAUACAUACGACGAGGAGUGUAUUCAAAAGUACUCCAGUUAGCAAGCUAAUGUUUAGCUAUGUCGAUGUAGCUUUCGAGAUGUCUAGCAAGCUCGGUUCUUGCUAGUUUAGAAGUGCUGAGUGUGAAAUAGCUCCUCACACGGUGUGUGUGUGGGUGUAUAUAUAUAUAUAACGUUAUGCCUCGGAGAAAAAGGACCACGGGUCAAAAUGAAAGACGCAGAAAAGUUCGUCGCAGAGAUGAUGAUGAUGAUGAUGAUAAUGAUAACGACGAGGAAGACGAGGACAACGACACGCUGGUCAUCUCCGACUCGGGAAGUGAUGAAGAGUAUAUAUACAACAAGGAAGAAGACUGUGCCUUUAAAGUGACACCAAGAACAGUACGGCGCCUAGAGAGAGAAAAGAAGACACACGUGCAAGACAUGACUGAGGAUGAGAUGUUGGAUCUGGCUUUGAGACUGAGUAAACAAGAGGCGAGCACUGCGACCCAGAGAGAACAAGUAGACGAUGACAACAUGAGGAAAGCCAUCGCAGAAAGUCUUCAGGUCAGCUGCAGUCAAGCUUCAGAAACGAGCUCCGUGCGAGUCAGGUCUGCUGCGAAGCCUCACCACGACCGAGACACUGUGACGGCACGCGUUCGGUGUAAGCUCUCCUUUCCCAGCAAAGAUGGGAAGGAUGGCGGGAGCGACGACAACGACGGCGACGUUCCGGCCGCACGAACGAGUGCUUUGACAGGUUCGGAGGAGGUCCGUCCGCUACCGCCGAUGCCCGAUCUUUCUCAGAGGACCUCAUCGCAACCUUCACCUCCGAGUCCGUCCCUUCCGUCUGUGCCUUCUGCAGCUUCUCAAGAAUCCCACUCCUCAUGUCCAGUUAAACAGGAAUUUAACGCACGCUCCCCCGAGGACGAGCGUUCACAGAGCGACUCUCCGCUCAAGAGGUCGCCCGUCUACCUCCGUCGUUGCGUAGUAAGACUGAGCCAGAACCCGCCGAGCCGCAGCGAAUCCCCAAGGAACAUCCCGUGUACAAACAACAGCUCUGUCGACUUAACCAGUCCUGACAGAUCCCAAAACGGCCCACCUCCUCCCAAAAGCCCUGUUUUUAAUAGGAUUGACUCUAAAAGAUGCACUAAAUUAACACGGGAUGAAUUUAGCGAUCGCACUCCCUGCACCAGCUUUACAGACAGCGUAUGCAAACCCGAAGACGCGUCUCGAGAAUCUUCAAGCCAUAAAAGCCAAGAUUCCCCAAAACGCCUUCCAGGCAGCAGGAAAGCUCAGCCUCCGUCACACGUUUCAGUGCCUGAAGGUGACGAACAGCCACGGGAAGUUGUUAAGGUGAAGGAUGAACCCUCUCGGGGAACCGGCUUAAGCACUGUGUCAGACGGAGCACCAAACUUGGACGUGUCUUCACUUGCUGAUGCCAAAUCUUUGGAAGAGUUCACCAGUCACAUGGUCCUUCAUUUGUCUGAUGAAGAUGAGGAGGAGGAGGAAGAAAACGAAAAGAUAAUUCCUCCAAGCCCAGUCUUCCCUCAGGACCGCGCUUCACGCGCAGGCCAGCCAAAGCUCUCGCCAACGCAACCCUGCUGCUCCCCACCUACGGCCAUCACCACGCAGGACUCAUUUCAGACCAAAUCCCCUUCCCAAGCCGAGUCCGAGCAGACAAAAGUUUCUAGAAAGUCCACCGAAUGUAGACUCACGCCGCCGGUGGAAGGGAAAGAGGACAGUCUUGUAUCGUACUACUGGGGCGUGCCGUUCUGCCCCAAGGGCCAAAGCCCGGAUGAUUACACGCGAGUCAUCCUCGCCCAGCUGGAGGUGUACGAGAAGAGCCUGAAAGAGGCCCAGAGACAGCUCCUGCGCAAAGCUGACUGGGGUCUUCCAGUGUUCCCGUGCCCGGUAGAGAAAUCACAUGGCAGGAGACUGAAGCGCCAUCGAGCCCCUCUCCUUCUGGAGGAGGAAGAGGAGGAUGAGGACGAAGAUAAGGGGCGAGACGAAGAAGAAAAAGCGAAAAAGAAAAAAGUGGAGCGGAAGGAGAGGGAAGAGUCUCAACCUUGUUCGGAAGACGGAGCGAAGGACAGUCAGCACGAAACAUACUUCGUCUUGUCCUCUCCUGAGACUCAGGAGGAGCUUGGACAGAGAUCACCACCUCUGUUUGGGAAAAAGGAGUCCACAACCUCAGCCAAAGCUUCCAGUUGUAGGAAGCCCAUUUCUCAGGACCUUUCUGAAGACACUCGGAGACAAUCUGAGCCCGAUGAGCGUGGAGAAGACGUUCAGAACGGAAGUUUUGACGUGGAGAGAGCUGUGUGUCCAGAAACCCAGAUGACCGAAGAUGAGACCCCAGAGCUGAUGGUGACCAGUCCUGCACAGCCGCAGUUGCAGGCAGAGUCCGAUGUCAUGGAGGUGGACGAAGUGACGGAUCCACCAGCUGAAGCUGAGGAGAGGAUGGAGCAGGAGCGUCCAGGUGAGGAGCAGUCGUGGAUGGCGUCCGUUCCCUCUCAUGUAGAAUGUCCCAUGUGCACUCGCCUCUUCUCUCUCGGUAAGAUCGAGAUGCAUGCGGCCUACUGUAACGGCACUUCGGAGGACCAGGACCAGCAGGACAACUUUUCACAAGGGAGUUCUCGACGGAAGAGCGUGAGAAGAACUGCGACGGAAGACGACGUGAGGUCUGAGAAAUCAGAGCAGCGAGAGAAAUGCUUCUUGUGUAAUAAGUUGUUCACGAGCAAGGAGUACAGCCAUCAUGUGGACCAGUGCCUGCAACACAAAACCCCCGGAUCAAAGCAGGGAAACGGCUUGCUGUCUGCCUUGAAUCGGACAGAAACGGUGCACCUGGAUGACAGCGGAGCUGGACCAUCUAAUACCACAAGCAGAAACAAUCGCGGCCUCGCGGACACGUCCGUGACGCCUGGCGACGGCGUGGAUUCUCAAGCUCCGGGUUAUUACGUCAGCUCGUCUCCCAUCAAAUCCUUCACUCCCAUAUCGGAAAUCACGGACUGCCUCAUAAACUUCCGGCAGCAGAACUCGGACAGGACCAGGCACAGACUCGAGAGGAAGAGGAAAUUUAAGAGAUAGCAUGAGAAAGCGCUCCAAAGCAUCGAUUUCUUGCUUUUUAUUAAUACCAAGGCUUAAUUUGUGUGCCGUUUAUUAUUAUUUUUUUUAAAUCUCAUUUCUAUGUUGUAAUUAAUAUCAUUAAAUGAUUCAGUAAUGUUA